AUAUAUAUUAUAUAUAUAUAUAUAUCCCUUCUUAACUAUCAAUCUAUUCUGCUAAAUCGAAACUAUUGCUUUCAACAGUUCUAGUCGACUUAACUGGAAAUCCUAUUGCAGGGUAUUAAAGUCAAAGGAAAAGAGAGGGAUAUUCAUAUUACUUACGUGCUCUGUGUACAACAGAGCAGAAGGGAAUCCGAAAUGGAGGAAGACGACACUAAGAACAAUGAUGAUAUUCUAACUGCUCUUCUUUCUAUGGGCUUUGAGCUCGAAGACAGCCAGGCUGCUGUCCAAUCUGGGAAAUUAACUGUAGAAUCUGCUGUAGAAUGGCUUCUUUCAAGAAACUCUCAGCCCAAUGUUAAAGCACCUCGAACUGCCAAUACUUGCAGACUCUAUCUGGAGCCAAGUGAAGUACGUAAUAUGGAUGCCUCAGCUGUGUCAAACAGCAAUGCUAGUGAUUUGCAGACAGAUGUUGAUGACAGCAGCAGUAGUCAUUUGAAUAGCCCUUCAUCUCAACUGAAAGAAAAGGAACAGAAAGAAGAGAUGGAGGGGGAGGGUGGUGAUGAAGCAGAAACUGUCCACACACGUAUGUUUGUCAAUGAGAAACAGAGAGAAAUGAAACAAAAGUUUGAAGAGAAGCAACGCAAUGAAGCACAGAAGCAAGCAAUUUUAGAAAAAAUGCAAAAUAAAUCGGCACGUGAACUUGUAUUGAAGCAAAUUGCUGAUGACCGGCAGCACCAGAAACUAUUACACUCCAGUCCAGUCUCGACCAACGUGACACCCCCAAUAACACCGACAGCACUGCCGUCUAUAAGUCCAGACCUUACUUCGGACAAUGCAAAUCAGUCCCCUCUCACCUGCAAUGUCUUGAUCCGACAUCCCAACGGACAAAGUCUUCGAAAUAUUUUCGAUUCCAACAAACAUUUGCAAGAUGUUUGGGAUUAUGCAACAGAUUAUUUCCAAGAAAUGGAAAACAUGUGUUUAAUACAGCCCUUUCCUCGUCGAGAUUUCACAAAAGAAGAUGCUACAAAAAGCCUAUUGGAACUCGGUCUUUGUCCAUCAGUAGCGCUUGUGUUGAAGAAAACAGAUGGCUCUCAGCAAGCAUUUGUUUCACAGGGAUUUAACUACCAAGUAGCAUUCCAGAAAACACAAGUACCGAGAUUCCUUGGCUUGAGUGAUGAUGAUGACGAUGACGAUGACGAUGAUACAAUUCCGUCUCGGUCAGGUUUUCACAGUUGGGGUCAGGGCCGGCGUCUUGGCGAGGAAGCAGACAACGAAGAAUCUCAUCGGGAAGAACACGAUGGCCAAGAAGUCCAAAAUUUGGAACCAGAAAUACAUGAUGAUGAGGAACUCUAUGAGUUGCAAGAUGAUGGCUUACUACAUCCUGUUGAGGCCUUUCCCGCUGAACUACGCACAGGUGUGUUUAGUGGCGUAGGGAUGAGACUUCUUCCUGAAGGAGAUCCUAGAAGUGAAACGCUUCCAGAACCAAACACCAGCCACAUGAGGGAGCUUGCUGUGGCUGCUGCAAACACCCGUCAUGAACAUCAAUCCAGAAGUCGGAGCCCCUCUUCACAGCAGCGACACCAUCAUCAUCAACAGCAACAACAACACCAGCACCAUCAUCAUCGUCAUCAUCAUCAUCAUCAUCAUUAUAGUCCGUCGGUGCCCUCUUUGGCACAGUUAUGUCUUCAAUACAUUGCUGCACACUUCCUGAAUCCGAAGGAGCACACUGUACCUUUACAUGGCUUGUCAGAACAGCCAGCUCAAGCUCUUUUGGAUUACUUACGAAAGGAAAAGCUCUUGAAGCCGCGAACAUUUAGAAUUUUACAUGCAUUUUUGCCUUGUCAACUGCAGAAAUUGUGUUUUGACUCCUAUGCAUAUGUCACUAAUGAAUUAUUAUAUGAAAUAAGGAUGCAUACUAACUUAGUACACCUGAGUCUCAACUCAUGUAGUUUAAUAACAGACAGUGGUUUACAGCCUCUUACAGCCUUAAAAAAACUAAAGACUUUAAAGUUAGGAUCAUGCCGGCAGCUAACAGACAACUGUUUAACACCUAUAUCGGCUCUACAGUCUUUAGCCACCCUAGUACUGGAGAACACCCGGGUCACAGAUGCUGGUAUCAUUCAGUAUAUCACUGACAUCUCUAUGCAUCAGCCACCCACACUGAAGUGCCUAAAUCUGAAUAGAACAUCUUGUACUCAUAAGAUAUUUGGACCACUCACUGAAUUACCAAAGCUAAAAGUGUUAUUACUGGAACAGACAAUGGUGAGCAGUCUUGCAGGCGUGGAGGAGCUGACACAAUUGAUAACAUUGAACAUCUCUCACACAAAGGUUGAUACAGACUCUAUCAGGUUUUUGAGUGAUCAUCAGAAUCUCAAGUACCUCAGUUUGGCGCACACAAACAAUAUUCAGGGAGACCAGGCACUCCAGUAUGUUAAAUCUUUGAAAUUGAAAGAAAUUAAAUUACCCAGCCGUCACCAGACUACAGACGAAGGAAUAUUGCAUCUUUCAGAGGUGCCAUUAACAACCCUUGAUUUAACCAAUUACAUCAAUGUAGGAGAUACUGGGAUGACUGGUGUCGGCAAAAUACACAGUUUGAAAGUUUUAUUACUUGGGAACACAAGAAUUACUGACACUGGCAUGAACUCAUUAAAAGAUCUCUGCAAUUUGGAAGUUCUCUACUUGGACAGAACCAAAAUAACCAAUGCAUCUGCAGCUGUGUUUGAAUCAUUCCCCAAACUGCUUGAACUAAGCCUUGCUUCAACCAGAAUUUCAAGCCGGUUUUUGAAGAGUCAACACAUGAACAGCUGUGUCCAACUAGAGAGACUGAAUCUAAGUAAAACCAGAAUUGAUGACACAGGUCUGGUCUGCCUGCAUUUGCCACUCCUGUCUCUCCUCAACUUGGAUGGUACCCGAGUGCGUCCCACUGCAGUCUCUGAGCUGAAAGGAUGUCCCAAAUUACAACGGGUUACUCUAAACAACCUGGUCACCGUUAGCACCAAUGAAGAGGUUGCUGCUGACAGUGAGGAAGAUCAGCAACAGCAGCAGCAGCAGCAGCCUGAACAACAGCAGGAGCAGCAGCAACAGGAGGCAGGCGAGCAAUAACAUCUACUGUAGCAACAACAACAACAGCAGCAACUAGCAGUUGCACAGAACAACGAUAACAACAACAGCAACAUCAACAGAAAUAACAGUAUUGUGAAAACAAAUUCAACAAAAGAACAUCACUGGAAGCAGUAACAAGCACAACAACAACAACAACAACAACAAAAAAUUAUCACAACAAUAUCUUCAACAACAACAAUAACAGCUGCAAAGGAACGAUGACAGCAACAACAAAAGCAGUAACAGUCGGAUUAACACCCAAAAUAAAUUUUAAAAGACACAUUUAGCAACAAGAUUUAACAAAAAGCAAUUACAUCUUUCACCUCCAUUUCCACAAUAACAACAACACCAACAUGUUUUGUGUAAAAAAAAAAAAAGAAAGAUUAAACGUCCAGUUACUGCUAAAUGCCUAAUAUUC